AUGUGGUGCAGACAACGGUCACUCUGGGAUCAGGAAUGGAACAGUAUUGUCUUUAGUGACGAGUCUCGAUUUUGUUUAGGCAUGCACGAUGGUCGUGCCAGGGUUAGAAGGCGACGUAGUGAAAGGAGGAAUCCACAGUUUUUUGUUGAAAGACAUACAAAAAAAGGUCAUAUUGCAACAAUUCCUCUUAAUGAGCAAAGAACUGUUACUGCGGAUUGGUAUACCACCAUUUGGUUGCCAAAAAAUCAUCCUUCAUCAAGACAAACAAGCUCGCACACAGCCCAAACAACAAGGCAGUAUUUAACGGAAGAAAACGUGGAAUUAUUGGACCAUCCUCCAUAUAGUCCCGGUCUAAGUCCUAACGAUUUCUUUACUUUCUCGAAAAUUGAAAACAGACUGCGUGGUCAGACGUUCCAGUCACCAGAAGAAGCAGUUGACGCAUUCAAAAAUGCCGUUUUUGAUCUGCCAGCAAACGAGUGGAAUACGUGCUUCAAAAAUUGGUUCGAGCGCAUGCAGAUGUAUAUUAAUCUUCGUGGAGAAUACUUCGAAAAACAAUAA